AUGUUAUGGAAUGAGCGAAGCAAAGAAAAUUCAUGGCAAAAGGCAGGCAGCCAAACCGAGCCGGGCCGAGACAAGAGACAAAUACAACUGACAACGCCAAAACACGAGCGAGUAAGAAUUUUUCAAGCGCCCGCCAUUCUCGACAAUCACAAAAUUCUUACCGAAGUAUCAAAAGCGCCCCUUAGGGCUGUCGCGUUGGCGUCAUUUUUGGGCGACGGCUUCGCCGCCCUCAGUACGAGAGCACCGCCGGUCAAGGAUCUAAUGGCGUUCGGUUCAGUUUUACACAAUAAUCAGCACAAUAUAGGUCGCAGUGAGCCGCCGGUCGGUGUUGGCGACCCCUGUGCUGGUUGCAAUAAACCAAUUUUAGAUAAAUUUUUAUUAAAUGUUUUAGAACGCGGUUGGCAUGCGUCCUGCGUGCGCUGCUGUGAAUGCCUUCAGCCUUUAACGGAUAAAUGCUUUAGUAGAGAAUCGAAACUAUACUGUAGGAAUGAUUUCUUUAGACGCUAUGGCACAAAAUGUAGUGGCUGCGGCCAAGGCAUUGCUCCCUCCGAUCUCGUUAGGAAACCUCGUGAUAAGGUGUUUCACCUCAAUUGUUUUACAUGUUGUAUCUGCCAUAAACAGCUCAGUACCGGCGAACAGCUUUAUGUACUGGACGAAAAUAAAUAUAUCUGCAAGGAUGACUAUUUGCUGGGCAAAGCGCCGUCGAUAUGUGGCCAUAAUUCGUUGAGCGGUAAGUACCCCAUUUUAAUAUCAAGAUAUUUACAUAUAUUUAUUCCAAGAUGCAUAUUUACCAAUACAUAUUUACAAAUCCACACUGAAGUUGAACGUCUUGCUAAUUAG